GAGUGACGUAAUGGAUGAACGAAAAGCAUCCGCGAUUAUCACGCGGAAGGGGUCAGACUAAGGGCAGAAGUGAACCGUCCCGGGCUGGUGCGUGCAGGCCGAUGCCGAGAGAACUGUCCGGACCUGCGCCGCCGUCCCCGCUUGUCAGCGCGUCUGCACCGUGAGCUGAGCAACGACAGUCAGUCGCCUGCUCUGCAAACAGCUUUGAGAGUUGCAACAGUUCCCGCUUGUCAGCGCGCUGCACCGUGAGCUGAGCAACGACAGUCAGUCGCCUACUCUGGAAGCAACUUUGAGAAAGUUUCUGAGAGAGCCGAACUGAAGUCUCCACACAAACUCAUCAGUCGCUGGGACGAUUUCGUUAUUCCAGCGGGAAUGGAAACUAAACUCUUGUGUUCCUGGGUUCUGAUCCUUGGGAUUACACUCGGUCCAUCCUGUGGCGAGUCCCGCGAUGUGGGCCGCAGCACGGCCGCCGUUCCACUGGGAAUGCAGGAAAACAGCGCCUCCUACAUUUUCACCCAGAGCAAUGCCUCCGACCAGUUGGCCAUUGACUACCUCGAGGUGGAGCGAAAAAGGAAUCCAAAACUUAACGAAGUGUGGAAAUGUGCACUCGAACGCAUGGGAGGUAUCCGCCCGCCCGACGGGCUUCGGAGAGAACACCUGUUAGCCGUGUACGCCUACACUGACAGCAUAUGCAAUAACUUCCACAGUGACUUUAACAGUGCCGUGCGGAUGGAUGGAGCUGGCGAUUCAGUCUACGCAGCUAAAUUCCCAUUCAAGAGUGUCCAUUAUCUUCUUUCCGUUGCGCUCGCGAGACUGAGGGAGAUCGCGGGCAAGGCACCGGGCACCACUUAUAGGGGAAUGUCAAGACCGGUAAUACUUCCGAAAGAACCGAAAAUGAUAUUCGGCUCCUUCACAUCUUCGUCGCUCGACAGAAGUAUCGCCAAGAAGUACGGCAAUCAGACCUUCUUCGAGAUUAAAUCUCAGUUCGGUGUCGCAAUCCACGAGUAUUCGGGUAAACGCGAGGAAAAGGAGGUACUCAUCCCGCCCUUUGAAGAGUUUGAAAUCACCCGUUCCCUCAACAACAACGGAAAAGUCACUGUUUUCCUCAAGGGGGUGGGGAGUAAAGGGGUCGGGGUGAAAGUUGAGCGGGGGGCGGGCGGCGAGAUGCGAGUGGUUCGUAGCUCGGGGGCCACCUUUUCCGCCAGUUUGUGCCUGCUGGCGCUGCUGCUUCAUAUUUGCGCCUAA